AUGCAGAAUCGAAGUGCAACCCCAACAGUAUCAUUGCAUUCUGAGUCAUCCACGACUUUUGUUACUCCUGUUGAUAUUCCUGCACUCGACAAUAACAUUAACAACAAUAAUAUUGAUGCUGACAACGAUGAUAAUAUUGCUCAUAACAAAUAUCGUAACGAUGAAAUUAUGCACAGUGAUGAUAAAAAAGCAAAUCAGAACGGCAAUAUCGAAUGCCCGUUUAAUGAUUUCGGAUGCACUGUCAAGAGUUCAGUGGAUCAAGUUAAGCAUCACAUCAAAGAGUCCAGUCGAUGUACUCUUGCGAUGAUACCAUUCAACAAAUGCACAAUAUCGAAACGCUUUUCAGUAAGUGAAGUGUUAACUCCGCACGUAACCCCGUCAAAUCUGGCAUUUUUGGGACGUCCUCGGUCCGAGAGGAAUGCAGCGUUUGGAUUGAAGAGAUUCGUCGAUCUAAUUGAUAUGGAACACGAUAACUCGUUUGUCAAUGAUAACACGUGCUUUAUCGCCAUUCACAUUGAUCUGUGCAGCAUUUACAACGCCAUUUAA